ACCUACUGCGCAUGGGUCAUGACCAAAUUAAAACGUUGCUUUAAUCAACCUUUAAGCAGAGGAGGAAAUGGUGCGCUUGUAAACGGGUGGAUAGUAAUGAACAUAGAGAAAAAUGCGUGGCAAAGUUGUUGCGGCUAUUAUUGUAAUAUCUGUGUUUGGGGCAGCGCAUGGUGGCCUAGAAGAUUUCUUGAGUAUGGCAACAAAUUUAGCUGGCUCACUCGGGACAAAAAAUUCUGGACAGAUACCACGGGGAAAUGGCUGCGUGAUAAACUGGUCAUUCCAGGGUAUGUUAAUGGGACUAGAAUGGAGAUAUAUGGGUGUCUGUACGGAUUCUUGUACGUAUGAAACAGAGACAGUAUUCAAACAAAGCAGAGGUGGAGCCGUGGAACAUUGUCUACAAAACCUAAUGCGUAAAAUUGCAAGACAUGGAGAAUUAUAGGAAACUUUUACUGUACAACUGUAAUUACAGAGCAAUUUAUAUCAGUCUGAGUUUAAGAAAUUUUCAUAUAUUUUUAAUUCAUACAAACUGAUAAUUCUUAUAUAAUAGCAAAAUCUGUAAAAAGAAAAUAAUAGCAGGGUAACAGCAGACUCGGUUUGGUUUGAUUGAGUCUGUUAAUGAUAGGUAACGACAUGUGCAACAACAUGCACGCCCCCUUGUACCGGCUUAAGUGGAACUCCAUUGCACAUCCAUCGAAUGGACUCCAUGAUCCCAAAGAACCAGAAAAUAUAACAACACUGAAUCCAAGUCAGUUCCAUUAAGACAUUUUUUAUAAAGUAUGAUAUGUCAAAUUCGUCAUUUUCAAACAGUUUCGUCAUUCUAUGUAAUGUUGAUAUCUGAACAAACAUCUUGUGGUAUAUUUUCUAACUCCUGUCAUUUGUUAUAUUUGUCACAGCAUAGUAAUAGUUGUAGAAUAAAACUAGGGACUUUUAAACACAAAUAAAACGGUUGGUAUGGUAGUGAUACUAAAAUUUCCGGCCAGACUUUACAUACACAUCUUAUUUUCAAAACGUUGUUCCGGUUACUUUAGUAAAGCUUGUCGUCUGCGAUCAACAAAAUGGUAAAAUAUCGUCCUUUUGUUAUAAUUAUCUUCAAAACCAGAAAUAACUUCCUUUAUGAAAUGAGCGUUUUACUAACAAAUCUGUAUGAUAAGGACAAAAUGAAUGGAAACUAUUUGUUAACAUUUUUGUUAAUAAUUGUUAAUAAAAAUGUAAAUAAGGAAAUAAAAAUACACUUCAGCUUAAUAUAA